GAAGUGGAGACUCUCCAAACUGACAGGACUACACAACAGACCCAGGAGAGACAACACACAGUUCUUGGAUUACUUCUUGAGGAAUAUUCUAAUCGAAAACUCACACUAACUUCACACAGCAUUUGGCUGUCAUUUUCUUCUGUUUUACAGUUUUCUCCAGGGUUUGUACAACACGGGACUAUUUUGAAAUCAUUACAAUUCCUUUCACAAUAGUCCCACAGGCGUUGUGAGUCUGGCAAGCGAGUCUACUUUCACACAAGCUUCAACGUAUCUUUAAAGUAUCAUCAGUUGUUUUUGGACUAUUUGGGCUGUGGACUGUCCAAUUCACCGUCUUGAGUCACUCUGACUGCCUGGACCAUUUUACGUUUUUAUAAARAGUUUUUGAAGACUAUUCUAKCCUAGGACUACCKUACRUCUCAUUGCCAUGGCGAACAGCUGUCUCCAGCUCAGCGGUUUUGUGAUGAGUUGUAUCGGSUGGGUCGGGAUKCUUAUCGCCACWGCCACCAACGACUGGGUAGUGACGUGUAAAUACGGCAUGAACACCUGCAAGAAGAUGGACGAGUUAGGAGCCAAGGGCCUGUGGGCUGAAUGUGUCAUAUCAACCGCCCUCUAUCACUGUAUAUCACUGACACAGAUAUUGGACCUACCGGCAUACAUCCAGACGUCYAGGGCGUUGAUGAUAACUGGAUCCCUCCUGGGGCUGCCUGCAGUGGGGAUGGUCCUAACAGCCACGCCCUGCAUCUCUCUGGGGGACGAGCCUCAGUCAGCCAAGAACAAACGAUCUCUACUUGGGGGAGUUCUCAUACUGCUAGUGG